AUGAACUUCAUCGAAAAAUUAAUUGAGCCAUCCCUCAAGCAUACUUUGAUUGAUACAUUUAAAAACUGUCGUUUUGAUCAGCCUGGCAACAUGCCACGAAAAACUCGAACCCCCAGCACCGCCAACGGAUCACCUCUUAGUCCUCCACCCAACACCACAGCUGGUGAUUCAAAACCAUCUGCGAUCGGUCCAACUUCUCCCCUCGGAACCGGCUCUGGUGCACAUUAUCCAAGACGACGACCUUCUGAAAACCCAGUAUACAGAGCAGUUCAAAGCCUUUCUAAAGAAGAUCAAAUAUUCCUCACUCACGAUUUUGAAAAAGUUAGCAACAAGCCUACAAAAUUACAAUAUUAUAAUAUCAUACGUCUUUUCAAACCCGAUACAACCUCUAAACCUAGUGACCGCAAAGAUGCACUCAAAGCGGAAUUCGUAACGAAGGUGAGACCCUUACUAGAGCCGUACCUCUCGCCACCUCCUGAGGUAUCAAUGGAGCCUGGUCCAGACCUAGAUUUCGACCCCCUCGGCCGGAAGACCACCCAAGCAAUGCUUGUCAAAGCCAUCGAACACAAGUCUCCAGACGCCGAUAUAGCACCUGGCGCCAACAUUGAUGAUGUUUUGAUUUUAUAUAAGUAUUACGUUGAUCCUCAGCUCAAACUUCCUUUAAAUCGACGAUUCAUUGCAAGACCUAGAACUGUUCCUAUUGAACGUCUCAAGGCUGAAAGUAUGGAGGACAUCAUUGUAGCUCUGCGUUAUUUUGCUCCCAGUGUUCAUGUCAGAUCCUUGGCAAUGAACAAAAACACUCUCAUGGAUCUUUAUAUACACUUUGUUCACGACCGGCCUCCUCAAAGUCCACUCAUCGAGGGUUAUCAUUACACUACUUUGGAACUCUCCCAAUCGGACAGCGAAGCAAUGGAAAGUUGA